GAUUGCAAUGUGAACUUGAAAAGCUUUCUUUACCCAAACAUCUGUUUCAUUAGUCUGAUUUAAUUAUGUCUGUGAAGUACUUAUUUGUUUUAUGUUUGACAUUGUUGGAUGCAACAUCAUCAGGCAAUCACUCAACAGGGGAGUUGAGGAUUGUGCUGCUGGGUAAGAGUGGAGCAGGAAAGAGUGCAACAGGAAACACCAUACUGGGCAGAGAGGAAGCCUUCAGGGAAGAUCUGUCAUUCGAGUCUGUCACGUCAUCGUCUAGUGAGAAGAGCGGCGAGGUCUCUGGCAGGAAGGUGCUCGUGGUCGACACCCCGGGAUUGUACGACACAUCCAAGACAGAAGAGGAGCUAAAAAGGGAGAUCGAGAGAUGUGUCAACUUGUCCGUGCCUGGGCCUCACGUCUUCUUGCUGGUGAUUCGGCUGGGGGUGAGGUUCACAGAGGAAGAGGAAAAUGCAGUGAAGUGGAUCCAGGCCAACUUCGGCCAGAGAGCAUCACUGUUCACCAUGGUGCUGUUUACUCAUGCGGAUGAGCUGCACGGCAAGCCUCUUGAAAGCAUCCUCCACGGCGGUCUCCGCACCUUGAUAGAGAGCUGUGGAGGUGGAUGCCAUGCCUUUGACAAUGCAGAGAGAGACGACAAGACGCAGGUUGAAGAGCUGCUGCAGAAGAUAGAUGCGAUGGUGAGGAGGAACAGAGGAGAACACUACACCAACUGGAUGUACCAGAAGGCACAGAGGGAGAUGAGAGAAGAGGAGGUUUCAGGGGAGUUGAGGAUUGUUCUUGUGGGGAAGAGUGGAUCAGGAAAGAGUGCAACAGGAAACACCAUCCUGCAAAGAGAGGAAGCCUUCGCUGAGGAAAUGAACUUCAAUUCGGUCACAUCUGCAUCACGUCAGGAAAGUGCAAUCGUUGAUGGAAGAAACGUCACCAUUGUUGACACACCUGGAUUGUUUGAUACAAAAAAGACUGCAGAAGAGCUGAAAAGCGAGAUCGAGAAGUGUGUGAACUUGUCUGUGCCUGGGCCUCACGUAUUCUUGCUGGUGAUUCGGGUAGAUGUGAGGUUCACUGCGGAGGAGGAAAAUGCUGUGAAGUGGAUCCAGAAUAAUUUUGGUGAGAGAGCCGCCCAAUUCACCAUGGUGCUGUUCACCCGAGCUGAUUCUCUGAAAGGUAAAACAUUGGAAGCCAUAUUCAAUGACAAGAUUCUUCAUCUGAUAGGAAAUUGUAGUGGUCAAUAUCAUGCUUUCAAUAACAAGGAGAAAGAUGACAAAACUCAGGUGAUGGAGCUUCUACAGAAGAUAGACAUCAUGGUGAAAGAGAAUGAGGGGAUGCACUACACAAACGCCAUGUACCAGGAAGUACAGAGGAAGAUGAGAGAAGAGGAAGAGAAAAGAAGGCAGGAGGAGGAGAAUCGCAAAGAAGAGCAUUAUGAGAAGAUUCGAAAAGAGGAACGAGACAGAUGGGACAGAGAACAGGAAGAAAAACAGGCAAAGCGCGAUAAGCGUCGUUUGGUGUGUGGAACUAUUGGGGCAGUUGCCGGGGCUGCUCUGGGGUUAGCUUAUUCACUGUUUGCAGGACCUGUGGGGUUUAUAGGAGGGGCAUUCACAGGAGACAAGCUUUCAGAAGAGCUAUGUUACUGGGCAGCUUGA